AUGGAUAGGCUGUGGCGUGGGCUGCAAUGGGCGUCCGGAUGGGCAGGCAUAGCGCAAGUGCCUCUGGACCUCUGUCUGCGCUGCUCCCUUGCUGUUGUUGUGGCAAGCUACAGCUGGAUGGCCCACCCUGCCACCUCAGCAGAUCCUGCCAGCUCAGCGGGGGAUGCGUGUGCGCAGUGCACGGUGCUGCUGGUGCUGGCGUGCUGCCACCUGCUCUACCUCGCCCUCGCCCGUCCCUUUAUCAGCACGUCGCUCCCCCUCUCCGCCCUCCUUGCCUCCGCCUCCCACGUCUCAUUCUUUGCUGUCGCCCUUGCGAUUGCUACUGGGGCCAUCCCACCCUCCGCUGCUGCAGCGGCAGGGGCAGGAAUGCAGGCGCUUCUGUUGGUAUCGUUCCUGGGCCAUCUCGCCUGCUUCCUCCGUGCCUUAGUGAAAGACACUGCAGGCGUGGGGGUGAAGUACUAUGCGGGCGCGUUUGGGAGGAGCAAGGGGCUGGGAAGUGGCGGGACGGGGAGGAAUGGCAGGGGCGAAGGAGAGGGGGAAGGGGAGGGGGAAGAGCAGGGUUGUGCGGGGUCAGUGAGUGAGGCGGCUGGCACGGACCGAUCAGUGACUAUGACUAGAGGCUUUUUGGGCGGCCUCUCCCUGCUCGCAUACGGCCUCGUGCUCCUCUUCCUCGGCCCCUUUGGCUUCGCCUCCUCCCGAUUUGAUUCGGAUUCUGACAGGGAUUCGGGCGGCGACUCUGCGAGCCAAUCGGGGUGGAGGAGAGGGUGGUGGAUGGGGAGGAGCGGGGGAGGAGGAGGAGGAGGAGGAGGAGGAAGAGGAGGAGGGGGGGAAGGGGGCGGAUGGGGAGGGGGGAUAGGGGCGAGGUUUCACAUGGAGAGGCGGGGUGAGCUAGGGGGGUCGCCAGAAGCGGCUUUUCCCGUGAAGGGGAGCUCAAAGGGGAGUAGCCGCGGCAGGUCGGGCAGCCAAAGUAGCAGCGGUGACAACAGUAGCGGUGACGGCGGCGGCAGUGGCAGGAGAGCUUCUAGCGGCCCAGCUUAUAACGAGUAUGGUUCUCCUAACCGAAUGACGGGUUCCGAGACUAGACCGAACCAGUCUGGUGCCUCUCGGUUGGAUUCAGCAGGGCAGGCAGGUAUGGGGGAUGGAACCUCUAGGGGGAGGAGGAGGGGGGAAUCAGGCGGAAGGGGGGAAGGUGGGGAGGAGGGGGGGUAUGGCACGGACGAGGGGGAGGAGUGGCGGAACUCCCCCCGAGCGCUCAUGCAGCUGCUGCCCAUGCUGGCGCCCUCGUGGGCUACAGAAGGGGCGGGGGGGGAAGGGAGAGGGGGAGGGGGAGGGAACGGGGGAAAGGGGGGACGAGGAGGAGGGGAUGGGGCAUCAAGGGAAGGUGCUAGUGCUGCUGCUGCUGCUGCUGCUGCUGCUGCUGUUCCUGCUGGUGCUGGCACGGCAGGUGGGGGCGGUGCCGGGGUGUUGGGUGCGGUGCUGGGAGCAGGUGCUGCAGCAGCUGCGCUGGGUGUUGGCGUUGUCACUGCUGCUGCUGCUGCUGUCACUGGCACUGGCGCUCACAAGCAUGAGAGGGCUCAAUCGGACCAUGCCAAGACGAGGGGGGGUAUGCACCUGCUCAGCCCGAGCAGGUGGGGACGGAAGGGGCGGCAGGAGAAGGAGAAAUGGGGAAGGGAUGGAGCGGUGGAUGUUGCAGGAAUGGCUGCUGCUGCUGCCGCUGCUACCGCUGUUGUGGUUCCUGCCUCUCCCUCUGCUGCUCCUGGCGGUGCUACUGGCAGUGGGUCCCCAAGCCCGCUCUCUCCGCGGCGCCUCUCCCCGCUGCCUGUGCUGUGUGGCAACCACAGCGGCGCCCUGGCAGCAGCUGCAGGGGCGAGCAUCGGCGUGGCCUCCGUGUCUCUGCACUCCGACUCCUGGUCCUCCCUCUCCUCCCUCUCCUCCAGUGAGCGUUCUGCUGGCGCUGCUGCUGCUGCUGCUGCUGCUGCGCUGAUGGAAGGUGUGGGGGGAAGGAGAGAAGGAUGGGAGGACCUGUUUGGCGGGCUGAGGGCACGAGUGGAGUAUUUGCGAAGCAGGCGGAUGCAGGAGAAGCCUCAGGGCGAACUUACACAUGGCAAGGCUGCUAAUGCUGCUAAUGCUGCUGCUGCUGCUGCUGCUGCUGCUGUUGGUAAAGCUGGUGUUUCUGCAGCAGCAGCAAGAGCAGCAGCAGCAGGAGGAGGGGGCGAUCUAGGGCGGUCUGUUGUGGCCAGUUGCAGCGUGGGCCCUGAUUGCAGCCCCACCAUCCACACCCCCACCUCGCACACCCCGACCACUCCUCUCCCCCACACCCUCUCUCGCCACGAAUCCCUCGAUGCCAAUUCCGAUCCCGACGCCUAUCCAUCCCCCUCCCUCUCCCCUUCCCCCUCACACACGCCCGCCGCUAGAAGGCCGCACCGCCUGCCUUCCCUCCCUGAAGCGCCUCAGAGCGCCUCUCCCGACCCCCGCCGGCCCUACACCCCGCAGCCCAGAGCGGUGAAGAACGGUUUUGCAUGGUCCAGCAGGCAUGCGGCGUAUGGCACAGAUACCGAAGCUUCUAGGGAAGCCUCUGAGGUGACCCCUGGGGCGUUCCCCCCUUCUGCUGAUGCUGCUGCUGCUGCUGCUGCUGCUGCCGGUGGUGGUCCUGCCAAGGUCGCUACUGCGGCAACUCCACAGCUGAACUCUCGGCAUAGACCCAACGCUCCUCUUCGAGCCUCCGCCUCCUCCUCCCACUCCCUCGCCCACUCCCUGUCGGCCUCCUCCCAGGCAUCCAGUGCUACAGCUGCCAUGCCGUCCUCCCCCUCGGCCCUCACAGUGGACGCGGCUGUAGCGGCUAUGGCUGCUGCAGCAGGGGGCGACCCCGCGCUACAGCCGCUACAGCCUGGGAUUUGGGGCAUGGUGGCUGGUGCUGCUGGGUCCAUCAUGGGAAGAUUCUGGGGUGCUUCUCCCGUGGAUGGGAAAGGGGUGGAGGGUGGGGAGGGAAGGAAUGGAAGUGAGGAGGGGAGUGGGAAAGGAGGAGGGAGUAAUAUGGAUAUGGAGGGUUCUCUAUCACAACUUGACGGGUCCUUAUCGCAAAUGGAUGGCUCUCUCUCACAGCUUAAUGGCUCCAUGUCUCAGACCCUCACACCCCUCUCCUCCGUGUCUACCCCACCUUCCCUCUCCUCUCCUUCCACCUCUCCUUCUGCACUCUCUAACACCCUCUCUAAUGACAAACAGCCAUCCACACUCUCUCGCAGCAUCACCCCCCUCGCCUCCCUCACUCCCGCCUCCUCGCUCUCGCCUCUCUCCUCCGCCGCCCCCUUAUCCUCCCUUUCCUCGCCCCAAUCAAGCUGCGACACGUCAGCCGGCUCGCAUACAGCAGGGAAUGGGUACUCGCAGGGGGCGCCCGUCUUUGAGGCGCCUCAGAAAAAUAAGGUAUAUGAGUACGGAACGCCCGUGGAGGCGGCAGGGAGUAGGGAGGGGCAUGAGACAGCAACAUUGGCGCUACCGCCGAACCGAGGCCUGCGCCUGCGAUCGUGGUCCAAGUCCAGGUCACGCUCCCAGGCGCACUCAGGUGCUUUCUCAGGUGCCCAGUCAGAUGCUCGCGCUGCGUCGGGCUCCAGCGGGCAGCUGAACGGGCAGGUUAACGGGCAGGCAGGGUGCUUUUCGGGGUCGGAGGGUGGUUCUUGUGGUGAUGACGUGGUGGGUGGAAGGGCAUAUUCAAUCGGCAGAGGGUCGUCGCAUGGUAGGGGUUCACACAGGGGGGGUUCGUCCGCUGCUGCUUCUGCUGCUGCUUCUGCUGCUGCUUCUGCUGCUGCUUCUGCUGCUGCUUCUGCUGCUGCUGCGGCAGGUGUUUCUAGCGAUAAAGAGUCAUCUGCUGCUGCAAACUCGAAUGCUGCUGCUCCUUCACACCCACCCCAUCGGUAUGGCCAGGAAGACUCGCUUUCAGACUCAUUUGCUUCUUCCUUCACCACCUCCAUAGAGCCCACCCCCAUACAGUCGCUCUCCCCUCUCUCCACCUCGCUGCUCUCCCCGUCGGCUCUCUCUGGCUCUCUGUCGGGGUCGGAGGGAGGGGGCUUGAGCGCUGUAAGGGAGGAGAUUGAAAGGAGGAUAAGGGAAACGAGCCGGGCACUGCAGACAGAGGGGAAGGCGGAAGUUAAGGGCCAAUGGGGGGAGAGAGGAGGUGCGGGUGUGAGGCAUUUGGAUAGAGAGGGUACGGAGGAGGAAAAGCAGAGCAAAAAGGAGGGGGAUGAGGAGCGGGAGGAGGAGAGGAGAGGGGAGGAGAGGGACGAGAGUCCGCUGAGGAGAAUGCCCGUGUGGGGCGAUGAGGCGGAUGACAACAGUGCCACCUCGCCCUCGCCCAUUGGGGGUGGGAUGAUGGGGGGGAUGGAUAGGCGUCUGUCUGACAGGGAUGGGGCAGGGAGAGAGAGAGGCCAUGGCGCAAGCGCUGCUGCUGCUGCUGCUGCUGCUGCUGCAAUUGCUGCCGCAGCUGGUUUUUCUAACGUGGCUGCAGCUGCUGCUGGGUCUGCUGCUGCGGUUGGAGGGGGCAUGGCGGCAGCAGCGAGAGUGUCUGCCUUGGUUGGCCGAUCACCUGCUUCUGAUGCGCUUGGGGGAGGGAUAGGUGUGACGCAUGGCAGGGCAGGUGCAAGGCAUGGUGAAGCUGACACACACCCUGUUGCACGGACCGUUGCAGCAGGUCCGAAAGCAGUGCCCACGGCAGCCAAGGAGGAGGAUGCUGAGGAGGAGGCAGCAGGUGAACUUGAGACUUCUCUGCAACCUCCCAGCGGACAAGAGGCAAUCCACUCAUACAACGACCGCCUUACGGGAGGCUUGGCACGGGGUAGCUCUGGCGGCCCUGGCUCGGGAGGCUUUGGUUCGGGGAGCUCUUGGUCCGGUGAAGCUGAGAAGGAGGGGAUGUGGCAGAAGGAGGGUGGCUUGGGUGGAGUGGCGUCAGGAGCAGCCUUUGGUGCCACGUGUCAAAAUCCUAGUGGCUCGUGGACGAGCUAUGACAUCCAGGUGUCUGCCUCUCUCUCGGACUCCAAGAGGCAAACAUCCAUCCCUUCUCCCUCCAACCUUUCUUCCUCCUCCUCUCCUUCCUCCCCCUCUUCCCCCCUCCAUUCCCCCUCCCCCUCCCCUUCGCCGGUCCUCCCAUCUGGUAGUUCCCUGCCUUCCAUUGAAGUCUCCAACUCCCCGUUACUGUCACUCUCAGGCUCGAAGGAACAGACAUCCAUCCCUUCUCCCUCCGACCCCUCCUCCCCCUCCUCCCCCUCCUCCCCUUCCUCACCCCUCCUGUGCCCCUCUCCUUCCGCCUCUCCGUUCCUCCCCUCUGGUAGCUCGCUGCCUUCUAUCGAAGUCAGUAACUCCCCGUUACUGCCACUCUCGCCCUCCAUCAGCAGGCCUGGGCAGCCAUCACCCUCGCUACAGUCACCCUCUGUGGGUACGGCAGGCGUGUGGGGCAAGGGAGGCAUGCAGGGGUGGGGCGGUGAGGAGAGGGAGAGGGAGAGGGGCGAGGGGGAGAGAGGUGAUGAGGAGAGGGGAAAGAGUGGUGGAGGGAGGGAGAGCAGCGGAGUGGGGAGGUGGAACGAGGAGAGGGGGUUUCUGAGCAGGCGAGCUCCUAGUGGCAGCAGCCAGGAGGUUGACGAGGAUGGGGAGGAGGAGGACGAGGAUGACGAAGAGGAGGAGGAGGAGCAGGAGGAGGAGGAUGGAGAUGAGGAUUGGGACGGGGAUUGGAAUGGGGAUGCGGGUGGGGAUGGGGAUGGAGGUAUGGAUGAUUACGGGGAUGAAUUUCAAGAUGAUGAGUCACAGGAAAUGGAAACAGGCGGUGUGGGGAGAGUGCUGUCAGCAGCUCGCAGGGCGGAGGGGAGGGGGAGGAUCAUCAUGAUGGCGUGCGGCAGGGGGAGGGGGGUGCGGAGGGGCGGGCGGGGCGGGCAGCAGGAGGUGGUGCCGGAAGUGGGUCGGAUGAUCCGGCCUCAGGCGCCCCUGCGGCUGAGCUAUGGCGUGAGCCCCGAGGCUCUGCGCACCGUGAAGCUGCGGCGCGUGCGCGAUGGGGAGGAGGGGGAGGCGCGGUGGGAGGGAGGUAGGAGGGAGGCUGAGAGGAGGGAGGAGGAGAAGGAGGAGGAGAGGAGGGAGGAGGAGAGGAAGGAGGAGGAGAGGAAGAGAGAGUAUUCAAAGCGGGUGAGGCUGACAGAUGGGGACAGCACUCGAGAAGGGGUGCAGACUAGUCUGCGCGAGUCCACUGCCAGUAAUGCAUCAGUGUAUAACGUGUACAGAGGGGUGGGAGCGGAUCCUGGUGCUUCCGUGUCCACUGCCGGGCGAGCAGCUGAGUCGGACAGCCAAGGCGGCACUGGUGCGGGUGCAAGUGGGGGAGGUGGGCUGCCUGUGUGGGGGGGGCGGGCACGGAUGGUGACUGCUGGGGGACGGGAGGAGGGGGGGAGAGGGGGUGUGGGAGGGAGGGGGUUUGGUGGGGGCAGAGGGAGGGGGAGGUUAGGGGAGAAGCUGAAGGACAGUCCGUUCUUGAGAAAUAGCACCUGUGAGUCAGCCACAGAACAUGGGUUGGGUAGAUAG